AUGUCAGACUGGGCACAGUCUGCUCUGAGUGUGUCAGCUGGUUGGUUGGUGGUUUUGGCCCUUUGCCAUGAGCUGCUUGGUUGGUGGUUUCAGCCCUUUGCCGUGAGCUGGUUGGUUGAUGGCUUUCUCGUUACCUGUUCUCUGUCUCUCCUGAUUUGUUUUGUCCUCUUCAGUAAGCUGGAGGAACUGUUGUAUGGUGCGCACUGUCGGCUGGUGAUCGCUGACUUGUCAGAUGAUUUACCAAAUCCCCUAGAAAUCCAACAGGCGUACAGCAAACUGCGAACUCUCUGCAGCUGUGAGAAUCCCAGCUCCCUCAAGGACUCUGAUGAAAAGUGGCUGUCGACCCUCGAGGGGACACACUGGCUGGAGUAUGUGAGGCUGUGUCUAAAGAAGGCAAGUGAAAUCUCCUCGUUGCUGAGUAACCAAAGGCUGACUGUCACUCUGCAGGAGACCGAUGACCGUGAUCUGGCCUGCGUUAUCUCUUCACUGGUCCAGGUGCAGCUGGAUCCUUACUGCCGAACCAUCCUGGGAUUUCAGAGCCUGCUGCAGAAGGAGUGGGUGGAGGCCGGUCACCGCUUCAGUGACCGCUUCAACCAGCUGCGAGCGACAGAGAAAGACGAGUCUCCAGUAUUCCUGCUCUUCCUGGACUGUGUUUGGCAAUUGUUGGACCGUUAUAGAGGCUUUUUUGAAUUCACAGAUCGCUACCUUAUGGCGUUACACGACAGCACCCACACUGUGCUGUUUGGCACUUUCCUGUUCAACUGUUCAAGGGAACGGACCUAUAUUCAGCAGUCUCCCCCAAUAGGUAUGAACACUCGAAUGACCCCUUUCACCAAUGACUGGUCGCUGUCUCGUAAUGCGCAGCGUGUCCAGCAGGUGGUGCUGAAGGGUGGUUUCUUCUCUCGGGACGAGAGGAGCUGUCCACUACCAUCGGUCUGGGACUGGUCACUUCAGUUUCCAACUGGGCAUCAGCAGUUAUUCAGAAAUACCCUAUACAGCGGUGAUACUCAAUCCAUGGCCCAGCAACACAACACUGAGAAGCGUGAUGUUCUGCCUCUGAGGUCGGUCUACCUCCUGAGUAAAGGUGUGCUCCUCACUGCUACCCAGUUCCUGCCAUGGAAGAACACAUCGGUAACAAAGAAGCUUAGUAAACUCAGCCAGUCACUGGAGAGCCUGCUGGAGUUGGAGCAACCGCAGAGAAUCUCCCCAGCUCCCUCCCUGGAUCCCAGUGGCCUCUUGCUCCCUCCCAUCCCAGCAGCCAGCAUCCGCUUCUGGAAGAGCUGCUACCUGCGCUGGCUGACCCAGGUGGAGGUAGAGAACACCUAUGGCCUACUGUCUGCUCUCACCGCUCAGAUCAGCUGCCUCCGGCAGAGACUGCAGCAACAAACUAGUCAGCAGAUCAAUGGACUGGAUCACCAGGGCAAUCAGAUCCCUCACUCUGAUAAUCAGCAAGGAUCCAUCACACCUCCCCCCACCGACCGAACUGACAGCACCACCAUGGAAACAUCCUUCUCCAUGCUAGUCAGCAGUACUACACGGUAGCUCCCUGCCUGCAGUGAGCCCCAGGUGUGGUCUCUCCAGGUUUCCCAAUCACAGCCACAAAGGACCAAACACAGACUUGUUUCCCAGAGAAGCGGAGCUGGGUGCUUCUGAACAAAUUUCCCAAGUUGUGGAUUCAGCUUGAGGGCUAUUUCGCUGACUGUUCCAAGAUGUUUCUAAUUGCACAGGUACUGAGAGACAGGGCACGGGCAAGGGUCCAGGGAUUCAUUGUGGAUUAAACUGUCCCCUCCCCUUCCUUCCCCCUUCCCUCAUUCACUGUCAUUAACUCACUCCUCAGGCUCUGGGAUUGAGCAGAUCUUCCCCGAGGAAAACUGACCCUUCCCCUUCCUGAGGGAGACUGACCAUACUCCCCUCCUCUCCCUGAUAGAGACUGACACCCGUUCCCCUCCCAGAGGUGGGGAUGGGUCCUGUGGAUCCCAUUCUGCUGUCUGUUCUGGACAGACGGAGAUGUCCUCCGCUGUUCAGUUUAAGACUGUCAUUGAUUUUCAUGUGUCCCCCCCCCCCCCCCCCAACCCAGAGAAAUGGCCGUGGACUUGGCCCAGAUGCUCAUCAUGGAUUAAUAACCUGCUGUUGCUCCCCCCUCCCCUUAACAAGGUACAAACGAUGGGGAAUGGGAGCAGCAGCUUCAGGAAAGGGGAUAGGGAAUCCUUCAGUGCUCGGAUUCUGUUUCCUGUCAAUCCCAAGGAACAAGGGUUAAGGAAAACCAGGGAAAUGGAUAGAAUUUACCAGAAAUUCAAGAUUCUGGAAUCCAACGCACUUUACUUGAGCUGUGUUCACAGAGGUUGUAAUGCAGUAGUCUGACAGGGCUUGCUGUUUCUAUAUAUUUUGUACUGUAACCCAAUUAACUCUAGUUUUUUGACAAUAAUAAAGUAUAGUUUUAACACUA